ACAGUCAGCUCCGCUUUUCCCUCCCUUCAUUUCCGGUUUUGCCUUUGUGCCGGGUCCCCGUCCAGCCGGCGUCGCUCUGCCGACUCGUUAGGUCCCGGCGCCCGCGUUCCUGGUGCCCGGGUCGACUCCGGGCACGGCUGGGGCGUGGGGAUUCGGAUUAUCGCCUAGGCCCCGUUUCGGACCGCGCUCUCGACUGCUACUGCGUCCCGCCUCUAGGGCGCGUAAUCCGGGUGGUGUCCCGGGAGGUUGGAGGGUAGUUUUAAGGAUCAACAGUGAUGAUGACUGAGUGUACAAGCCUGCAAUUUGUCAGCCCUUUUGCUUUUGAGGCAAUGCAGAAGGUGGAUGUUUUUCGUUUGGCAUCUUUAAGUGAUCCAGAAUUAAGACUUCUCCUGCCCUGCUUGGUGCGAAUGGCACUUUGUGCUCCUGCUGACCAGAGCCAAAGCUGGGCUCAGGAUAAAAAACUCAUCCUUCGUCUUCUUUCUGGAGUGGAAGCUGUCAACUCUAUUGUUGCAUUGUUGUCUGUGGACUUUCAUGCUUUAGAACAGGAUGCCAGCAAAGAACAGCAACUUAGGCAUAAACUUGGGGGAGGCAGUGGAGAGAGCAUCCUGGUAUCACAACUUCAGCAUGGACUAACAUUAGAGUUUGAACACAGUGAUUCACCUCGUCGAUUACGUCUUGUGCUUAGUGAGCUGUUGGCGAUUAUGAACAAGGUGUCUGAGUCCAAUGGCGAAUUUUUUUUCAAGUCAUCUGAGCUGUUUGAGAGUCCAGUCUAUUUAGAGGAAGCUGCAGAUGUACUUUGUAUUUUACAAGCAGAGCUCCCUUCCCUGCUUCCAAUAGUUGAUGUAGCUGAAGCCUUGCUACAUGUUAGAAAUGGUGCCUGGUUCUUGUGCCUAUUGGUGGCCAAUGUUCCUGAUAGUUUCAAUGAAGUUUGUAGGGGCCUUAUAAAAAAUGGAGAACGACAAGAUGAAGAAAGUCUCGGAGGAAGGCGCAGGACAGAUGCCUUACGCUUCUUAUGUAAAAUGAAUCCUUCUCAGGCCCUCAAAGUCCGAGGCAUGGUGGUAGAAGAAUGUCACUUGCCAGGUCUUGGAGUGGCUUUGACGUUGGAUCAUACUAAAAAUGAAGCUUGUGAAGAUGGAGUGAGUGACUUGGUUUGUUUUGUUAGUGGUUUGCUUCUUGGAACAAAUGCAAAAGUCCGGACUUGGUUUGGAACUUUUAUCCGAAAUGGACAGCAGAGAAAAAGAGAAACCAGUGGUUCUGUCCUUUGGCAAAUGAGAAGGCAGCUGCUUCUGGAAUUGAUGGGCAUACUUCCCACAGUAAGAAGUACCCGCAUUGUGGAAGAAGCUGAUGUGGAGAUGGAGCCCACUGUUUCUGUGUAUUCGGGGCUGAAAGAAGAGCAUGUUGUGAAAGCCAGUGCACUCUUACGUCUGUACUGUGCCUUGAUGGGGAUCGCUGGACUCAAACCAACUGAGGAAGAAGCUGAACAGUUAUUGCAGUUGAUGACAAGCCGUCCUCCUGCUACACCAGCUGGGGUUCGCUUUGUUUCACUUUCCUUUUGUAUGCUACUGGCCUUUUCUACACUUGUCAGUACACCUGAACAGGAGCAACUAAUGGUAGUGUGGCUAAGUUGGAUGAUAAAAGAAGAAGCUUAUUUUGAGAGCACUUCAGGCGUCUCUGCUUCUUUUGGGGAGAUGUUGUUAUUGGUUGCUAUGUACUUUCAUAGCAACCAACUUAGUGCUAUCAUUGACUUAGUCUGUUCCACUUUGGGGAUGAAGAUUGUAAUUAAGCCAAGCUCCUUGAGUAGGAUGAAGACUAUCUUCACACAGGAAAUUUUUACUGAGCAGGUUGUCACAGCUCAUGCAGUUCGGGUCCCUGUCACCAGCAACCUGAGUGCCAACAUUACUGGAUUUUUGCCUAUUCAUUGUAUUUACCAGCUUCUCAGGAGUCGUUCCUUUACCAAGCACAAAGUGUCAAUAAAAGACUGGAUUUAUAGACAACUAUGUGAAACCUCCACUCCACUCCAUCCUCAAUUACUUCCUUUGAUUGAUGUGUACAUAAAUUCUAUACUUACUCCUGCUUCUAAAUCUAAUCCAGAAGCCACAAAUCAGCCAGUCACAGAACAGGAGAUACUCAAUAUUUUCCAAGGAGUUAUUGGGGGUGACAACAUCCGCCUUAAUCAGCGUUUUGGUAUCACAGCACAGCUAUUGGUGCUUUACUAUGUAUUGUCUUAUGAGGAAGCUCUCCUGGCAAACACAAAGACUUUAGCUGCCAUGCAAAGAAAGCCCAAAUCAUAUUCUUCUUCUUUAAUGGAUCAGAUUCCUAUCAAAUUCCUUAUUCGACAGGCUCAAGGACUACAACAGGAGUUAGGAGGAUUGCAUUCUGCUUUACUACGUCUCCUUGCAACAAACUACCCACAUUUAUGCAUUGUGGAUGACUGGAUCUGUGAAGAAGAAAUCACAGGUACUGAUGCUCUGUUAAGACGAAUGCUUCUGACUAAUACUGCCAAGAACCACUCCCCUAAACAGCUGCAAGAAGCAUUUUCAGCUGUCCCAGUAAGUUACACACAAGUGAUGCAGAUUCUAGAACACUUGACUCUACUGUCCGCAAGUGAACUUAUACCAUAUGCAGAAGUAUUAACCUCCAAUAUGAACCAGCUGUUGAAUUCCGGGGUUCCACGAAGAAUUCUUCAAACAGUCAAUAAGCUAUGGAUGGUUCUUAACACUGUGAUGCCUAGAAGGUUGUGGGUAAUGACAGUUAAUGCACUUCAACCCUCAAUAAAGUUUAUAAGACAACAAAAGUAUACUCAGAAUGACCUGAUGAUUGAUCCUCUUAUUGUACUAAGGUGUGAUCAGAGGGUACACAGAUGCCCCCCGCUGAUGGAUAUUACACUGCACAUGUUAAAUGGGUAUCUCCUUGCAUCCAAAGCCUACCUUAGUGCUCAUCUGAAGGAAACAGCAGAACAAGAUAGGCCUUCCCAGAAUAACACAAUAGGUUUAGUUGGACAAACUGAUGGCCCAGAAGUUACCAGAGAAGAAUUGAAAAAUGCAUUAUUGGCCGCUCAGGAUAGUGCAGCUGUCCAAAUUCUCUUAGAGAUUUGUUUACCCACUGAAGAGGAAAAAGCAAAAAGAACCAAUCCAGACAGCUUGCUAAAGAAUGUUCAAAGUGUUAUUACUACCAACACUCCAAAUAAGGGCAUGGAGGAAGGAGAAGACAAUUUGCUCUGUAACCUUCGAGAAGUUCAGUGUCUUAUCUGUUGUCUGUUACACCAAAUGUACAUUGCAGAUCCCAACAUUGCUAAGCUUGUUCACUUUCAGGGUUAUCCAUGUGAACUUUUACCUUUGACGGUCGCAGGUAUUCCAUCUAUGCACAUCUGUCUGGAUUUCAUACCUGAGCUUAUUGCUCAGCCAGAACUUGAAAAACAGAUAUUUGCUAUCCAGUUGCUUUCACAUUUGUGUAUCCAGUAUGCAUUACCAAAGUCACUUAGUGUGGCUCGCUUAGCUGUCAAUGUCAUGGGAACUUUGCUAACAGUUUUAACACAGGCUAAGCGAUAUGCUUUUUUCAUGCCCACACUGCCAAGUUUGGUCUCUUUUUGUCGAGCAUUUCCUCCACUGUAUGAGGACAUUAUGUCUUUGCUGAUCCAGAUAGGGCAAGUCUGUGCCUCUGAUGUUGCCACUCAGACAAGAGAUAUUGAUCCAAUUAUUACACGUCUUCAACAAAUAAAGGAGAAACCAAGUGGGUGGUCUGGAAUCUUUAAAGAGCUGUCUUAUAAAAAUGGAUCAAGGGACACUGGAAGUAUGGAUCCUGAUGUACAGCUCUGCCAUUGUAUUGAAAGCACGAUAAUUGAAAUAAUAAAUAUGAGUGUUAGUGGAAUUUAAAAAACAACAACAAAAAUGAAGCAGUUUGCUACUUAUAUGCAACAUGAUUCUGCAUCUUGUUACAACUUGAAACUGAAUAGGAAAAGCAAUGUCUUGGAAUCACUAAAAUGAUUCAACAUUUCAACAUGAAUACAGUUUAGAACUCUCUCAAGAGUUUUGUUUGAUUGGCAGUUCUUUGGAUCUACUUACUGUAUGUUGUAGCAACUGAGCUUUUUUUCUGUUUGGGGCACAUUUAAGAAACUCAGUUCUAGGAAGUGAAUUUGGCCUUAUUUUAAGCUUCUGAAGUGAAGAAAAACUGCCAUGCCUUUAAUUUCUUAUAAAAAUGAGUCUAUGGGGAGUCCUAAUAUUUAUUUCAACUGUCAGCAUGCAAAAGUGAUACAAUGAUGAGAGGGAGAAAAGGGAAGGGUGGGAGAAUUAAGAAAAAAAGGAGGAGUUAAAUACCCAAAUACUAAUCUCUAAAAUUUGCAAUUCAAGUAAUAGUAAUGCAAGAUGAAAUUCCAAUUCUCCAGAAAUACUAUUGUGAAGGCUUAACAAAAAGGCAAAUAACUUUUUGCAAAUGAUUUUUCAUGGAGUUACAGAUGAUGAUUUUAAGAUUUUUACAUAUAUGCUUCAAUUUUUAUUAAUAUAUGAAGCCAUAUGUUUAAAGAGAUACUUGAAUUUGGAAUUUUAAGAUACUGGUUUAAAAGUGUUUACAGAAACAUCUUUGUGCAGUGGAGAUCCUGAAAGGAGGUCUCAUUUAGGUUUUUUUUUUUAAUUUAUUUUUAUAAUGCUUUAUUAACUUAUCUAACGGUGGAGGGGGGGAAUCCAUGGACAUCUAACUAAAAGUUAGAGCAAUAAAACCCACUGGUUAAGGAGCUCUGGGUUUAUUAUCAGGAUUAUAAUUCACAACAUAAUUUUAGAUCUUUGAAUAAGAAAAUAUGUAGUGUUUGGACCUCAGGAAAAAUUAAAGUGCAGAAAACACCAUGUGGCUUAAGGAUUUUGCAGUCCUCUGUUAGUAACUUCCAUUGAUUAGGUAGAUACAUACAUAAUCCUCUUUUUUUCUUAAUCAAGUGUCCAUUGUAGAACGUACUUUGCUGAGAUGUACUGGAAUGACACACUUUCUCCCCCAACCCCACUCAAAAUAGACCUCUCACUAAGCAGGCUGACAAGAAAGUGUGUUUUUUAAAGAAAAGAAAUUUAACUUCAGCUUUUCCACAAAGCAAAUAGUCACAUCUCAUUUUCCUUCUUUGUAAAAUGGGAUUACUACUGGCCCUACCUCAUAAGGGUAUUAUAUAAGAACUAAUUAGUUGUUUCAAAUCAUGAAAUGCACAACAUCAUAUAUGAUAGAAUAUACCUUUUAUUAGAUGCUUAAUGUUCAUUAAGUAAUUUUAAUGCAAAAAUAAAAGCAUACACUUAAGAAAAUACUGUGAGUAUUUUCAUAUUUUUAAACAAGGCAAUUUUGUAGUCUUCUAAGAUUAAAUACAACUGCUCCAGGUUUUUUAUUUUGUUUGUUUUUUAAAACUGACUUUGGGAUAUUUUGUGUGAGUAUCUAACUUCUGGGAGUUCAAAAAAGACUGAAAUGUGUUUUUAACCUUACUGCAGUGCACAUUCCUGGAUCAAUUUUUAAAAACAAGUCAAAACCUGCUGUGUUAAAAUAAUAACAUGCUGAUUUUCAUCAGAUUUGUUGAUGAUGUACAUAAAAUGUGUAAAUGUAUUAGUAAAUGUUAAUAGUCAUGUAUUUUAAGUUAAGGUUAUAAAAUUUAUCACAAUGUGAUUUUUUUAAUACAAGUGAAAACAGAUGUGUGCAGCUAUUUUGAAUACUGGAUUAUAAACAUUCAUUUUCUUUAUCUAAUGAAUGAAUUUGUAGUUUUUUGUAUUUCAUUUCACUACUUUUAACCUGAAAGGAACAGUUCAAGGGACUGGAAUUUAGUACUGUUUGGGUCCAGAGCCAAUGCAUAUCCCUUUUGGUUAUCCUGCAUACAUCAAAUGGCAGUACAAAGUUAGAGUCAGUUGAGAACCUUAUUAGGAAUUUAGAAGAGUAAAAUCUGAGUACUACUAUAGUUACUGGAACGAUUACUUAAAAGGUUUUAUAUUAAAAGUUUUG